UACAUUUACAUUUUUAUCGAAUCGACUGAUAAUCGUUAGUUGAAAAACGACAUUUCUUCGACCGAAGAAAGAACGUGGCCAUUUACAAGGAAGAUACAGUUUACAGCGUCCAUUCCCGAAUGAUCCCCAAGACCCGGCGUGUUACAAAACCGGAAGAUGGUCCGUCUCUCUGACGUACUUGAUAAGAAUGGAGGGAAAAUUGACCGAAAGUCAGAUGGACCUCCUGGAAGUUAUGAUUGGCUCUGGACCGAAGCAUUUCAAACUUCUAUACAGCAUCACAAGAGACGCUUGCAACGCCACUGAAUUUCACCAAAGAUGUGACAACCAGGGUCCAACUGUGACUGUCCUUUACAACCCACAGGGUUCUGUGUAUGGGGGUUACGCGGGGCUGAGUUGACAGAGCUCCGGGGGUCACUUUAAAGAUGACACCUCCUUCAUCUUUCAAUUGAUGAGCUCGGGAGAACAUGUUGUUAAAACGUUCCGACCGACACAAAAUAGUAAUACAUUGUAUUUUGCGGCGCAGCGCAGUGCAGACUUUAAUGAUUUGGUCACUUUCACAGACUCUGUUUGUAGAAAUGAAGAUUGAACGUUUAACUUUAAUGGAAGACUUGCCUUAGGGAAUAGUUAUAAAAACAACAACAUAUCUAACGAAGCCAUCAACAACGGGAAUAUGGUUGUCACGGAGAUGGAAGUGUACGCUGUUUCCGGUGCAGAUGGCAAGAAACGUCAUCGACCUUGGCGGAAGUGCAGUGAUUUUAGUGACGAGUAUAUCAAACUAUUAACAGAAGAGUUAGCGCCAUUGAGACCACCCAAUGGAAGUGACGUCACCAACUUCUGUUUGCUGCUGAUUGGUCCUAUCAGUGGGGGGAAAUCGAGCUUCAUCAACGCAGUUCUUUCCGCUUUUGCCGGAAAAGUGAUACAAAAGGUUGCAGUUGGAGAGAGCGAGCAGGGGGUUACCAAAAGGUACGUUCCUUACCAAGUACGCCAGGCGGACGGUUCGCUUCUCCGGUUACACCUCUGUGACACACCGGGUCUUGGGGAGAGUUCUGGGAUGGAUGCAAUUAACUUGCACUUCCUUUUGGACGGUCAUUUACCGCAUUGGUAUGAGUUUUCCCCGUAUCGUCACGUAAGCCUAAGGAGCGUUGGUUUUAUUUCAAAACCUACACUUGCACAAGAAAUUCACAGCGUCGCUCUUGUGUUGGACACAUCGACAGUCAGUGAUUUGUCGCCGACAAUCAAGUGUAUGAUAAAUGACUGCAAACGAUUGAUAUUAGAGAAAGGCAUUCAGCUCGUUGUCAUUCUUACAAAAAUCGACAAACUUCACAAAGAUAUAGCAGACGAUCUUGCUGACGUUUUCAAGCAUCAAGUGGUCAAUGCCGCCGUUGAAAAAGUCAGCGAGAUGCUUGGUAUUCCACCAAACAAUGUUUUCCCAGUGAAAAACUACCACAGUGAGGUUGAAACGGAAGUGGCAGUACACGCGUUUGCUCUUAUGGCGCUCCGGAAGCUGAUCUGCAUGGCAUCAGAUGUAUUGGAGGAGCGCACUAACGACAGUGAUGAUAGAACAGCCGGAUCAGGCGAGGUGAAGGAAUCUGAUACUGCCUAGGGUGCUUAAAUCGAGAUGAAAUUUAAGAAGAAUCUCAAUUAAGUCUUAUUUUCAGCUUACCAACCACUAACAGUAUGUGUUGUCUUAUGCCGAGCGGACAUGCAUGCUUUGUAUAAAGCAAUUUCAAAGGACAAAAACGUUUUUGAAAACAUGACUUUUGUGUGUUUAGUUUUAAA